AUAAUGGAUGGCCAUUUAAUGCCUCUUCCCGUGGUGCAUUGCGAGCACCUGUGUGGUUACGGCAUACAUGUGGCGAAUGAUAACACACACACGCGUGUGAUCUAAAAGUCGUUUGUCACCAUGGUAACAGCGCACCGCAGCCAAACAGAGAGGCAUCCCAUACAGACGCACGGACCGUGUGAUGAUAAGUUGCCUUACUUCCCCUCUUUACCUUUCAAGAGUCGGUCACGUCGGCGCAGGCGUCGUCCGACGCCACCGGGAGGACGCAUGGGACAGACCCGGCUGCCCCCGCUCAGGUUAGGGGCUCCUGCCCGACGAAGUCUCCCCGAUAGCGUAUCCACGAUUACUGCGGUAUCAAGACCCGCACAGUUUACCAGGGCGUCAAGAAGCACUAAUUCGAGCAGUUUGACCGGAGCAGCGCCGCCCAGGCCGUCCAGACCACAGCGGGACAAGCCGCAGCACGUCAGAUGGCGACCCGGCGACAGAGACCGCGGGACCAGGCGACAGACGCACACCAGUCCCAACAGGAGAGAGAACGAGAAGAAACGGCAGGGAGACAGAAUAUCCCGGGAGGUGGCGACUGCGCCAGAUAACGGCGUGAAGCCGGUGAGACAGCCGCCCUCCCGCCCUGCAGCGCCCACACUUCCUAAAAUAAACAACCUCUUCGUGCAAACAGGUAGUACGGCAGGUAUUUCUACAUGUGCGUCUAACUCCAACAAGUCUAAGACCUUCGCCAAGGGUUGGGCCGAGGCAAGAGCAGAAACAGUCGGGAGGGACAAGCUUCCAGCAACCAUCAACGGGCGCACUCAGGUGAAGAACAGCGCUCGGAGCUGCCCGGACCUGAGUCGUAACAAGGCCGUGACGUUACCCCAGCGGGCCCAGACCACCACAGACGGGAAGAACAACAAGAAGAACAGCUCCUGUCCGCAAACAGCGGCGCUCAGGUCUCAGGGUGGUCUACCUCACUGGAAGUCGGAGCACGUCUUGACCCCCCGCGAAGUUCAGACCUACACCAAACUCAAGUCCGUCUACCUGAACGACACGUGGCAGAAACAGCGCAGGAACUUCAUCCUCCAAAAACUGGAGGACAUCCAGCUGGAAGAAGUCAAGCGGUACGCCAGGGACGUGCAUCAGAGAAAGAAAAGGCUUUUAGAAACAAUCGAAACGCAGAAGAAACAGUUGGCGGACGUGAGACAGAAGUACGAGAAUGAACAGCUCCAGAGAUUCAGGUCUCAGUACGUCACGUGGAAGAGCGUGGAAACGGAAAAGUUGACGCGUCAUAUUUAUGGACUUCCCGAAGACUUGAACAAAGACAUGGUCCCGAAAACGAACCUGAAAAGAAAGUCAAAACCGCCCAAGAAACGGUGGAGACGAGCGGCGCAGAGAGCCGUAAACGUGAAGAAGUUUGCUAGUAUCCUGAAACCGACAGGAACACGGCCGGUGGAACUGAAGGAUCCGCUCAUGGAUGGGAUAGAUACAGUACUGCUGGACACCGACUUGUCAUCAGCCAAGCCAAAGAAGAAAAUGGUGAAGUCGGUUCUUCAAGAGGCAAAGAAUAUCAUACACGAAGCAGAUGACACGAACAUCGACACGUUCAGCGAGGUGUCCACCCCCGUGUCGUCCAGAGCGGGUUCUGAUGACGAGGAUGACGGCAGUGACAGCGACUCGUGGCAGUCCAUGAACAGUGACGACCCCGUGCCCAAACUGUACUCUUCUGAGGACACUGACAGGGAGGAAUGACGACAUGCAACAAGAAGACAUUUCUGUGCCAAUCUUUUGUAGACCAUGACUUUUCGGCAAUCAUGUGUAGACCAUGACUGUAUGAGAACCGCCCUCGUGCCAAAUACAAGCCGUGGUUCACUGUACUAGUAAUACUGCCGUGCUAAACACACACUUCGACACUCCCGAAAUGACUCUUCGCGGUCAAAUUUCAAGAAAUAAUGCAAAACACCGAGGCGCGCUUUCAUUGGCCAUCGCAACUACCACAGUGUAAUUAGAUCAUAAAUCCCGACCACUCAUUGGUUAGAAUUACGAGUUACCCGGGUAUGAAGAAGAGCGAUGUAAAGCGGUUUCAGCCAGUGCCAAACGUCAGCUGCAGCCCAGAAGAAAUAUCAAACUAUAUAUAGCAACCAUAUCGUAACUGGUUGUAUUUGUCCAGCUAAGAAUAACACAAGAUGUUACAAAGAUAGAAUAUGUAACGUUAUAAGUCAAAUCUUUCCAAAGUGCCAUAUAUUUUCUAUUUUCACUGUAUAUUGAAUGUCUUUGUAUGAUUCCGCCUUUGAAUACUGUAACAUGUUGCGCUAUAUAUGUUGUACACGAAUUCUGACAGCUACAUUGACAAUUUGUUCUAACCUACUGAUAAGUGUGAUCAUUUUCAUAACUAUGUAAUUAAAACCGUCCAUGCGAAAAGAAGCAAUGCAGCAGAAUGUUCAACAUAUGUUGAUAUGUUUCUAUCUUGAUUAUAGCACAGAGCAUUGAGCAGUUUCUAAAAGUAUAGUCACAGAUGUACACAUACAUGUCAAGUCUUGAAUGUUCGAUGAAUCGGGCUAGAACCAACUGGGAUCCAGAAUGCAUGUGUACAAACGCGCUGACUAUGACCAACAUCACCAUGAAAUGGUGAUCUGACGAAGGAUAUCACCAUCAGUGAACUAUUACAGUGUAUUGACUUUGAGGUGUGCAGCUUGUUUAGAAAUAUUGUAUAUGUCUGUACAGUAUGUAACUUGAGAGAUAUAUUUUGAAAUAAAAGUUCUGGCAAUGAUAUUAUUCCAUUACGACAUGGUGCGCGUCAUUAUAGAAGUUGGGCAUGGCCUAGGGAUAAGGAAACAGCUGUACGCGUUGUUGGCGGCAAAAGGCUAAAAUGUUAAUGAGU